CGCUCAUCCCUAAAACACCGGUAUGCCAAAACUGAGGUCACACUUGAUUUUUCCAAUAUUGCAAAAGGUUUAUCAAUCUUCGGCCCAUUGCCGCGGAGCAAGUGCAUCCCUGCUGACCAACCGACUGGGCAAGGGUUUGUGGUUGAACAGCGCCAGCAUGUCCAAGUCGCCGGAUGGCGGCAUUUCCGAGAUGGAAACAGAGGAGGAGCCGGAAUAUCUGGCGGACUCUCUGGCUGAUUCGUGGCGUGGAGUGUCCAUGGAGGCUAUACAUCGUAAUCUGCGGCCAUUUGAACUAGAGAAUUUGCCACCCGUCACAGCCGGCAAUCUGCACCGCGUUAUGUACCAGUUGCCCAUUCGGGAAACACCGCCACGCCCCUACCAAUUACCUGGGAAAUGGGACUCGGAGCAUGUCCGUCUGCCCUGCGCGCCCGAAUCGAAAUAUCCAAGGGAAAACCCGGAUGGCAGCACCACCAUCGAUUCCCGCUGGGACAUGAUCGAGAGAGCCCUUCUGCAGCCCAUAGAGACAAGUGAGGAACUACAGGCGGCGAUAAUAUCAUAUAAUACCACGUACAGGGAUCAGUGGCACUUUCGUGCCCUCCAUCAACUUUUUGACGAGGAGCUGGACGAGAGCGAAACACGGGUUUUCUUCGAGGAUCUAUUGCCACGCAUUAUCCGAUUGGCAUUGCGGCUUCCGGACUUGAUUCAGUCGCCAGUGCCGCUGCUCAAGCAACACAAGAACGUCUCAUUGAGCCUGAGCCAACAGCAGAUCUCGUGCCUGUUGGCUAAUGCCUUUUUGUGCACCUUUCCCCGGAGAAACACACUCAAGCGAAAGUCCGAGUACAGCACUUUCCCGGACAUCAACUUUAACAGACUUUACCAAUCGACGGGACCGGCAGUUCUGGAGAAGCUUAAAUGCAUUAUGCACUAUUUCCGUCGAGUGUGUCCCACAGAGCGGGAUGCCAGCAAUGUGCCCACCGGUGUGGUGACCUUUGUCCGCCGGAGCGGAUCGCCGGAACAACUGGUCGAUUGGAGCCAAAGUGUGGCGCCGCUGGGCCAUGUGCCAUUGCAUGUGAACGCCGAGGGAACGAUCGAGGAUGAGGGCAUCGGACUGCUGCAAGUAGACUUUGCCAACAAAUAUUUGGGUGGCGGUGUUUUGGGACACGGCUGCGUUCAGGAAGAGAUACGCUUUGUCAUCUGUCCGGAGCUCUUGGUGGGCAAACUGUUUACGGAGAGUCUGCGACCAUUCGAGUCUCUGGUGAUGUUGGGCGCCGAAAGGUAUAGUAACUAUACGGGAUAUGCCGGAAGCUUUGAGUGGUCCGGCAACUGUGAGGAUUCCACGCCAAGAGACAGCUCUGGUCGUCGACAAACGGCCAUUGUGGCAAUCGAUGCCCUUCAUUUUGCCCAGUCACAUCAUCAAUAUCGCGAGGAUCUCAUGGAAAGGGAGCUGAACAAGGCGUACAUCGGAUUUGUUCACUGGAUGGUGACGCCACCACCGGGUGUGGCAACUGGUAAUUGGGGAUGCGGCGCAUUCGGCGGAGAUUCCUACCUGAAAGCACUGCUGCAACUCAUGGUCUGCGCCCAGUUGGGCAGACCUUUGGCAUACUAUACCUUUGGAAAUGUGGAGUUUAGAGAUGAUUUUCAUGAAAUAUGGCUGUUGUUUCGCAAUGAAGGGACUACGGUUCAUCAGCUUUGGAGUAUUUUAAGGUCCUAUAGUAUGGUUAUGAAUGAUAUGUGCUGCAAGGAGCCGCGUGAGAGUAAGGCUUCCAAACAGAACUUAUAUGAUUUCAUAAGAGAUGAACUUAAGAAGGUCAAAGAUGGGCCUGGAGAAGGAGCAUCCGCAGAAGCUGGAAUCUCCAAAGCAGCUGGAUCUGGUGAAGGAAAAUCGGAGGCAAAGAGCUCGGCAUCAGCGAAAUCCUCGCCAGAACUCAACCAGCAUUCAGCCCGAUCACAAGCCACCAUAACUCAACAAAGUGCCGAUCUCUUGCCCGCCCAAUCAUCGCAGGAUAACUCCAAUUCCUCGGAAGAUCAGGCCAUUCUCAUGCUGUCCGACGAUGAGGAAGCUAAUGCCAUGAUGCAGGCCGCUAGCCUGGAAGCAAAAAGCAGCGGAGAAAUAAGCAACAGCAGCACAUCAGCCAAAACCAGCGCUUCCGCCACGAAAACGGUAGGUUCAGGUGGCCGGCAGUUGACCCUGCUCGAUAUGCUGGACUCUCAUUAUGAAAAGGGAUCGGCAUCGAAGAGGCCACGAAAAGCACCCGACUGCAGCAAAGCUGAGGGUUCAGCAAAGAGUCGUAAGGAGAUCGAUGUGGACGAUAAGGACGAUCUUGUUGACUAAGUGAUAUUGCACUAGAGGAUUGUUACUGCUCCAAAUUGAAGAGGUAUAUAAUGUAGUUAACUUUAAGGACAUAAUUAGGGCAUUUUAAAGUAGGAUGAUUGUAAGUCGAAUAAAGUGAAUUUUUUUUU